AGAGGGCGGUUAUGGUUCGUGCACCACGUGACCGGGACCACAUAACCUGUUAAAUAAGGGCGAAACGGUGUAAUGACUCUCGACCCAUUUGUGCAAACGUAUAAAGGAACGAUCUCUCAUUACGCGACUCGAUAUCGAUAUCGGGGGAGGAGUUGCGCAAUUUACACGCGCACAAGCUUACGUCAUUACAACCGAAUAGGACAUAACGGAGCGUCGUUAAGAGGAUAAUUGGGACGAAUUCUGGCAGUCGGGACGAAUUUCCGCGUGUCGCAUGACGCUCUCGAGGAUGACAACCUUUGCGACGAGCGGAUUGUUACUGCUUUUCACAGGAAAGAACAAAACAGAGCAGCGUGCAAUAAACAACGGAAGCCGGUCUAACCUCAUCUUUCGUCACGCCUUUCGUAGGACGUGUCGCAGUCGUCGCAGAAGCUUUCUCCACGGUGACCGGAGUAGGAACGAAACGACGUUAUCUCUAGAAAUAUCAGAAGCGCAGCGAGCUAAAGUACCACGUGAUCGCUACGUCGUGAAGAAUAUCGGCGAGAGAUGACACCACCGGUAGCGGGCAAGGCUGACAUCGUACGAAGAAGAAGAGGAAGGCUCUCCGACGUGAAGUCGCGCGAGUCGAGAGAAAAGGAUACGCGAUCGGCGAUUAAGGAUGUUUUGAGGCACUGUUCUGUACAGAGUAAUAAGGCACGCAGGUGCAUCAUACGUCGGGUUCUUCAUAAGGUAACAAAUAAAAUGGCGUCCAAUGAACCAGCUGAGAACUCUCUGAAGUCUCCUACAACGGAUAAUACAGAUGCAACUGUAUCCGAAUUGAAAACAGUUGAAAGGGAUUCACCAGUUACUCCACCAGUCAAUGAGGAUAAUAAGCCGAAUAAUGUUGCUAUUGUAGAAGAGAAGAAAGAUUCGAUAACAGAACAGGACAUUGCAACAGAAGAGAAGAAAGAUACUGAUAACAUAGAAGAUCAAAACAAACAUAAGUUAAGGUCACUGGAAACUGAUGAGAAUGAACAGGAUGAGAAAAAGAAUCAGGAUGAGGACAAGAAUCAGGAUAGGAACAAGAUCGAACAGGAUGAGAAUGAGGAACAGAAACCAGAUGUGGAAAAGGAAAUGGAGAAGCAAGAAAGUGGAAGUAUGGCCACAUCAUUAGAUACGGGUGAUAAGAAGGAAUCCAACGACGAAGGCAAUAAGGACUUAACGAGAGGCGGGACUGCUUUGAAACGAAAACGAAAGAGUCAAAGUUGUAGCAUUUCGUCGGUGGAUUCUCACGGGGAGGAGAGCGGCACGAGAAGCAAAAGGAAAAAGUUGAAGAACACGAGCGACAGAUUCUGUUGGCGGUGUCACAAAGAGUCCGUGGACGUUUGCUGUACCGCCUGUCCUCGCUCAUGGCAUCGUAGAUGCAUAGGUGGGACGCCGCCGUCUCCGCAGAAAUGGAUAUGUGGGGAAUGCGCGACCAUCUUAACGGCCGAGAAUGCGGAGACGCGUUCAACAGCCAUGGCACAAUUGUCUGUGGAUCAAUUGUGUAUGUUGCUCAAGCAUGUGGUCGAGAGACUGCGCGAUUACCCUGGUUCUGAACCGUUUUGCAAGCCGGUGGACCUUGUCGAAGUGCCGAAUUAUUUGGAUUACGUCAUCAAGCCGAUGGAUUUGAGCCUCUUGGAGUCUAAUGUGCGGUCUAAGCUCUACGGCAGCACGGAUGCGUUCAUGGCCGAUGCCAAGUGGAUCCAACACAAUUGCAUCGUCUUCAACACGUGCGGCGGUGUUUAUGCAGAUACAUCGAAACUAACAAACUCUGCGAAACAGAUUAUCAAAGUGGCACGCUCUGAAGUCUCGGAGAUUGAAGCGUGUCCUGAUUGCUAUGCGCACGGCCGGAAUCUGCCUCGGCCUCAACCAGCCUGGUUCAUCGAACCUUGUCGUCGACCGCAUCCGCUCGUUUGGGCCAAACUAAAAGGAUUUCCAUUCUGGCCGGCCAAGGCGAUGCCGCGUGUGAAUUCGCAGGGUUUCGUAGAUGUGCGUUUUUUCGGCGAACACGAUCGCGCCUGGGUGUCGCCAAAGGAUCUCUAUCUAUAUUCGGAAGAACCACCGGCACCGUCGUCACGUAAAAGGAAAUCAGACAUGGACGAAUGCGUACGUGAGAUUACACGUCACUGCCGAAAGCUCGAACUCAUGUUCGGUCUGUUCAAAUUUGCACCGCCCAAGGUGCAGUACAAUCCAAACGAUCCGAUGCAGAUAACGCUCAUUCUACCGAAUUAUAAUCCUGCGGAUCCCAGCAAUCGUCUCGUAAAUUCCGAAUCUUACGACUCGAGAAAAAAAUUACCUCCGAGGAAACGGAGUCCGAACAAGGACAAGUUGCAGAGUGACGGCUCGGUGAAUGAGAAUAAUGGGGAACUGAGUGCUACGAAAGAGGCCGUAAACGACGAUAACCGGGAGAAGGAGGACGAGGCUGCUGCGACGCGGAAAGUACAAAAAUCAGAUUCUGCUGACGCUAACGUUAUUACGAACUCUCAGAGUAAUUUAAGCAGUGAUCACGAUAAGUUAAGCGAGAAGUUAGACCAAGAGGUCAUAUUAGUUGCUCAAAACAAAACCGCCAAGAAUGGAGCAAAGAGAGUUAAAACGGCGCCGGUGAAGGACACUGAAAACGGUAAUGCAUCGAGCCCUAAUAGAACUGUAUCGGACAAAAGUAAUUCGCAGAAAGCGAAGAACGAGAGGAAAUCAGUCGCUGAGAGUCAGAGAGAGCAGUUGCCCAAAUCGAUUCGCAGAUUGUCCGAUAUGACGCGAGCGCAGAAGAAGAAUCUCGCGAAAAAUGCCAACGCUGCCACCAAGCGGGAGGCCGUUCAGAACAUGCCCAAGUCGACGCAAAAGAAUGCUAAAGGCGGAUUAAUCAAGACAUAUAAGCCGAAGAAGCAGAUGGUCGAGAAACUGAACGCUGAGAAGGCGCUCAAGUCCACCGUGUUCGCGAGCAAGGAAAACAAUCGGCUAACGACAAUGCCGAAUGCGAGCGGACCGGCUACCAGCAAGAGGUCGCUGUCGGCCAGCGGUAAGGUGAAGGACCCGACAAGCGCCAAGAAGAUACCGGAAAUCGACAUAACGCUGUCACCGCCCGCUACGCCGAGCGUCAAGACUUCCCCCAGGAUAGAAUCUCGACCUGUCAUCCAGUCGACAAAUCUUCAAGCACCUGUAUCGUUCACACCCUCCUCCGAUUCGAAGCCCCUGCUGCUCCUUGUGGUGAACAACGGCGGCACGACGGCGGAGAAAACCGCGACGAUAGUGAGGGAUCAUCCGGAGAACAAGGACGUGUUAGCAAAGGAAGCGAAGGACGGUUCACCGCAGAAGAAAGAGAGUAAGGCGAAAAAGACCUUCCCGAAUAAAUCGCGCGGCACCGCGCAGACCAGUUCCCGCCCGUUGGCGACAACUGUGGCCGAGCUCCCAGUUCAGCCUUCCAUCGGCAAGUCCAACACAUCCUCCUCCUCUUCCUCCUCCUCCUCCUCCUCCUCUUCCUCCUCCUCCUCUUCCUCCAACGUUUAUCAAUUACUGCCACCGGAGGCCGGACCGAUCAGCGCACGUCUACAUCGCAGCGCGCAAGAGCUGGCACGUAGAAUGGGUCAGCUGAUGGAAGAAGCGUACAAGGAAGCAGCCGAGGCGGAAAACUGCAACAGCGAGAACGGCAACGCCGACAGUUAUCAGGCUACCAUAUUCUUUCUACGUAUGCAGAUCGAGCAUAUGAAGUGGCAGCAUCAGCAACAAAUGGCUGAAUUGAAACACAACGCUGAUCGUACGAUGCGCGAGAUGCGAGCGAGUCUGGAGGCGGAGAAACUGCGAUCGGUUCAAGAGGCACGCCGGGAGGUCGAGGAGGACAAGGUACGGUGUAUCGAGGAGACGAAGCGGAAGCAGUGGUGUGCCAAGUGUGGACAGGAGGCACUGUUCUACUGUUGCUGGAAUACCGCGUAUUGCGACUAUCCUUGCCAACAAGUGCAUUGGCCGAUGCAUAUGCGGACGUGCUCGCAGCAGCCGACCUUCACGACCAUCGUCACCUCGAGUUCCAGCGUGAACACGAACUCGCAAGCGCAGGUGAUGCCCAGACUCGUGUUUAACGCUACGUCGGACAUAUGGAAGGCCUAGAGUGGAUCGGUGAAGAUAACAACACGCAAGGUCCGCCCGGCAGAGUGUACGCUCUACCACGCAGCAAAUUGAGCGGAAUUUCAUCGUCAUGGUCCACUUCAUCCCUAACGAAUAAGACUAAUCAGGAUUCAGUUUAGAGAAAGCCCCCGCCCCCCCCUUCUUUUUUUCUUUCACGACCGUACAUCGGAAGCAAAAUUCGGUGCGGAUAAAAGCGCGAACACCUUGUCUUUCGCGAGUUCGAAGUGGCAUCUGCGCGCGAAAGCCGCGACAUGAAUUGUGCACCGUGUAUUUAUCCUUUACGGCUCGGAAACGUAAGUGUGUGUAUAGCUUGUCUCUUUCUCUCUGAAGAGGAGAAGAUACAUCAUGGAAUGUGCAAUGCAAAUUGCAGUGUCUGUGCAAUUUUCAACGCGUCGUUGAUGUUCGCCAAGCGAUUAAGUUGCAAAGACUCGAAUGUGUAGCGAUACAUGUUUUUUGGUUAAAUGUUUUCUCUUCUUUUUUCUCUCUCUCUCUUUCUCUCUCUCUCUCUCUCUCUCUCUCUCUCUCUCUCUCUCUUCUUUUAACUUGCGAUGUUUCUGUAAUUAUUUAAUAUGAUGUACGUCGUUGGACACAGGCGCACUGAUUAAUCUUGUACGAUACGAUAAUUAUGCAUUUUUGGUAGUUUAACACAUUCGCUACGAUGAAUUAUUUGGGGAUAUCGUCCCCGCAAAACAGUCUUUUAUCUUUUGUAUAACAAGCUUUAUUGGUGUGCACAUAAAAGAGGCAAAAAAUGAUCGUUGUCGCGUGUAUGAUGCACUGAUGCUACACAACAUAUUUUUCGUAGAAGAUUACCGCGUCACAAAUAUGUGCCACUGGUAGUGAAUGUGUUGAA